GUCACUCUGUCCAUCUCGAUACUUAUCAGCUUACACGUGUUCUUUCUUUUGGUAGUUGAAAUAAUACCUCCUACUUCUCUAGUUGUUCCACUUCUGGGCAAGUAUUUGAUAUUUGCAAUGAUAUUAGUAUCAAUCAGGAGAAUGGGCGGUAAAGGCAAUUCAGAGCCCAAGCCUCCUGUGACCAAUCAACAGGACAUGCGGUUAGAUCCAAUUAAAAUUCCAGUCUUUGAUGGUGAUCCGGGGAAUUGGUUGUCUUUCAAAGACCUGUUUGAAUCACUGGUCCACAACCGCACUGACUUAGAUCCCAGCUACAAGCUGAGUAAAUUGCGUCAACAUGUCAAUGUAGAUAACGUGCCAUUGGUUGGGGGCCUAUACACCGGUGGCUACGAGGACAUGUGGAAGGAAAUGAAACGUAGGUAUGACAAUAAGCGUUUGUUAGUUGAGUCGCAGGUUAACCGCCUCCUGGAUUUGCCGAAUCACCCAGCGGAAUCGCAGAAGACCCUUCUUCGAGUUGUCGACACCGUACAAAAUGCUAUGCGAGCGCUAGCUGUAAUGGAUCUUCCAGUAACUCAAUGGCAAUGA